GGGGGGAGGGGAGCACUUUGCAUUCUUAUACCUUUAUCAGAUUGAGAUGUGUUCUAGCAACCUGUGGGUGGGGGAAAAAAUCUAAAACGACAAGUUAUUACAAGAUGGCAGAGUGAUUUUAUAUCGUGACUGAAGUGUAAUCAGGUCUAAAUCUACCUCUCCGACGAGCUUGUGUGUGUGACUCCGGAUCUAUUCGCAGCUCUAACCUGACUGCUCCCGUCCCUUCCCUUCCACUCCACUCCGGAUUUGGCCAGCAAGGGGGGAAACGAACAGCUGCUGCGGACGUUUUUGACACGGUUUUUCGCGGACAGGGAGUUUCUGAUGCCGUCAGCCAGGAAAGGAUCGGUGCACAGCCGGAGCGGGUAGGAAAUCAUGGCCGAAGACUAUUGGGAGUGCACGGCGGCCGCUUUGGGAUAUUAACGAUUCAGAAGGACACACGGGAAUCUCACGUCCUCCCUCGGGGCGACUGUACAGUGGCUGCCCCUCCCUCCUCAUCGUCUCGGCCCCCCCUGCCCCCUCUGAUGGAGCGCGUGAGGAAGAUCAAGCGGCAGCUGUCCAUGACGCUGCGGGGGGGCAACAACGGGGACAAGAACUUGCCCGAGAGCAUCAGCUCUCAGGACACAGGAGCACACAGCGACUCUGAGGCCAUGCCAGGCGGGGGUAGUGCCACUCUGCGUGGUUCAGUGAGAGGAGCGGGCGGCUCAUUCAGCAUGCACUCGCUCCUGCAGUCCUACAGCAGCUCCCUGCACCGGCCGCGCAGCCUGGGCCGCAGCCUCAGCUCCUAUCUCAACCACACAACACGCCUCGAGAUCGUCCACGAAGAUGUAAAGAUAGGCUCCGAUGGAGAAAGCGACCAGGCGUCGGCCACCUCCUCCGACGAGGUGCACAGCCCAGUCCGUGUGAGGAUGCGCAACAACGCAGGGCGCAAAAUUUCCACUGAGGACAUAAAUAAGAGGCUGUCUCUGCCGGCUGAUAUCCGACUCCCAGACGGCUACCUGGAGAAGUUCAGUCUGAACAGCCCGCUGUUUGAUAAACCACUGAGCAGACGACUGCGUAGGGUCUCUCUGUCAGAAAUUGGUUUCGGGAAGCUGGAAACCUACGUGAAACUGGAUAAACUAGGAGAGGGCACGUAUGCCACGGUCUAUAAGGGUCGCAGUAAGCUAACCGACAACCUCGUGGCUCUCAAGGAGAUCCGGCUGGAGCAUGAGGAAGGAGCUCCCUGCACCGCCAUCAGAGAGGUUUCCCUAUUAAAGGAUCUCAAGCAUGCCAACAUUGUGACUCUGCAUGACAUCAUCCACACCCAGAAGUCUCUGACGCUCGUCUUUGAAUACCUAGAUAAAGACCUGAAACAGUAUCUGGAUGACUGCGGGAACUGCAUCCACAUGCACAACGUGAAGCUCUUCUUGUUCCAGCUUUUGCGAGGACUGAACUACUGUCACAGACGCAAAGUCCUCCAUCGAGACCUCAAACCCCAGAAUCUUCUCAUCAAUGACCGUGGGGAGCUCAAACUGGCUGACUUUGGUCUGGCUCGAGCCAAGUCGAUUCCCACCAAGACUUACUCGAAUGAAGUGGUGACUCUGUGGUACCGCCCACCAGACAUCCUACUGGGCAGCACAGAUUACUCCACCCAGAUUGACAUGUGGGGCGUCGGCUGCAUCUUCUACGAGAUGGCUACGGGUCGGCCGCUGUUCCCAGGAUCCACAGUGGAGGAGGAGCUGCACUUUAUCUUCAAACUGCUAGGGACACCUACGGAAGAAACCUGGCCUGGAAUAACCUCCAAUGAAGAAUUCAUGUCCUACAACUACCCCCGUUACCGUGCCGACUGCCUCCAUAACCACACCCCUAGGCUGGACAAUGACGGAGUGGACCUGCUGUCCAAACUGCUGCAGUUUGAAGGAAAGAAGCGCAUAUCUGCAGAAGAAGCGAUGAGACACUCGUACUUCCACUGUAUGGGAGAGAGAGUCCUCACACUGCCUGACACUACAUCCAUAUUUGCACUUCAAGACAUUCAGCUGGAGAAGGAGGCGACCAUGAGGACGAGCUCGAUGUCCGACUCCGUGAACAGUAUAUCUCAGCGGCAGAGCUUGCUCUUCUGAUUGGCCCGAAGCGUGACUAUGCUGAAAGAAAGAAGAGGAGGAUGAACGGAGAUGUUUCUGUGUGCGAUUAUGAUGAAGGGAUCCCCGUGUAUUUGUUUUUGUGUUUGUUUUCCUCACUUCUCUAACUGAGUCAUUGCUGUCAUGUGGCAUUGCUUUUCGGGGGGGGGGAAGGGGAGGAGUUACUAGAUGUUUACAUGGGAAGAUGAGAAUUUUUUUGUUUUUGGGUUGUUUUUUUUUUUUUUUUUUUUUUUUUUUUUUUUUUUUUGUAUUUAUAGCGUUUGUGUCCUGAUUAUGCACUCUGUUUGCAUGUACCUGUAAGCCAUGUUCUCCUCCCACUCACUUUCAGUUGCGUGUCUGGUCGAAUUGGACUUCGCUGUACGUUUUUGUAGUUUCAUUUGAAUCCGUUACUAGAACGAACCACUAAUGAUGACGCGAAUGGUUAAUAAUAAUAUCCUUCGCUUCAGAACUGUGACUGUUGAACAGGAUUGAAUACUGUUAUGCAUUCAAGCCUUCAUCUUAGUCUUCCUCCUCAGCGUUCUCAAUCUGACCCUCGCAUUCACUCACGUAUCUCACACACGCACACACUGACAACCACUGAAAACCACGGCAUGAUUUUACCAAAGAUUUUUCCCUCCUUGAAAUCAUUAGAGCUUCCAAUUUGCCCAAACGUCCCCCGGCGUCUCUGUAUUUUUACCCUCGCAGCCAUCUGCUUCUUCCUGCUUUACUGGUUUUUCCAAAAACUGUUUUGAGUAACGUUUGUUCAUGUUUAGUACUCUGGCGAAAUGAUUUACCAGUGAACCAGAAUCCAAUCCAAACCUAAACCUGAGCAGUUAAAGGUUACAGGUUUGUUUGUCCGAGGCUCAACUGUGGCUUUCUGAAACAUCUCAUUUGAACUCACAACCUUAACAGUAGGGACGCACUGCUCCGCUUUUUCGGAAUAUUUUUUAAAAUCUGAUCAUUGUAUGCAGGAUUUUUCCAAUAUUAAAGGUGCAGUUUGUAACGUUUGAGUGUUCUCAGGCCAGUAACGAUCAAACCUGUCGGCACUUGAUUGUUUACUGGAUUUUAGCGGUUUCUUUCAGGUUUCCAUUUUUCCGGCGUCUAAAUUAGCCCCGCCCCUUCAGCUGGAAUCGAGUCGCUCAGCCCUACCCCUUUUUUGAGCCUGGCGUAAUUUCUUAGAAAGAAAUGGUUGACUCUAGAACCCGAAUGUGUUAUUUGUUUUGACCCUUCCCUUAAAUGUUCUAUGUAGAGCCGUAGAAUAAAGUGUUUUCCUAUCAGACGGGGUUCCGUAUGAAAUCCGUACAGGAAGCUAAAUACACUUAACUAUAAGAGGAACCCUUUUCCUCUUAUAAAGAGUGUAAUUUCAGUUUCAGCAGAGGGGGUGGAGUCUGAAAUUCACUUUACACUAUGGAGAGGCUCUAAAUAUGACCAGCUGCCGCUUUUGCAGGAGAUGUUUAGAAGAUGCUUGAAGAUUUAGAAGACACUCGAUUUGCUUGCGGAUGAUGAAAUGAGUCCUAACUGAACUCGUUUGAGCAAGAAGAAUGAAACCGCACAUCAAACUCGCACCCGUUCAUGGGCGCCUCCCUACUGGAAAGCUGUGUGUCGAGCAGGAAGCUACAGUGUGCUGUUUCUGUGAUGGUGUGUGCAGUCCAGCUCUGCUGCGGAAACGUCAGUGUGUUGUUACAGUGAGUGUGUUCUGUGGUGCGGAGCUCAGGACCCAAAACUUUUUAUUCACUAAUAAGGUGUGUGUGAAGACAAUGCAAAACGCCACUGUGUGUGAAGUCGGUGGAGUUAAUAUUAUUAUUAUUAUUAUUAUUAUUAUUAUUAUUAUUAAGGUUAUGAUGUGUUCUCAGAGCUUUAGUUUGCCAUUCCCCUUCAACUGUGCUGAUUAUUUUGUGUAUCUCUGUGUGUGUGUGUGUGUGUGUGUGUGUGUGUGUGUGUGUGUGUGUGAGCGCGUGUGUGUGGUUUAGAUGAAUGCAGCGUAGACGGUGUGUGAGACGAGGUAGAAGUCUGUGGUACAGUGUAAAUAGCAGAAAAGGGCAGUGGACAGUGCAAUGACAGGAAGUGGAUUUUUAAAGCAACACGACGAUAUUUGAGGGAUUUAAUCCUUUUGCAGGAAUUACUGCGUCAGUGCGGCGUGGCAUGGAGGCGAUCAGCCUGUGGCACUGUUGAGGUGUUCUGGAAGUCCAGGUUGCUUUGAUGGCGGUCUUCAGCUCGUCUGUAUUGUCGGGUCUGGUGUCUCUCGUAGAUUCUCUAUGGGGUUCGGGUCAGGCGAGUCGGCUGGCCGAUCAAGCACAGUAACACCACGGUCAGUAAACCAGUUACUAGUAGUUUUGGCGCUGUGGGCAGGUACCAAGUCCUGCUGGAAAAAGAAAUCAGCAUCUCCAUAAAGCUCGUCAGCAGAUGGAAGCAUGAAGUGCUCUAAAAUCUCCUGGUAGACGCUGCAUCGACUCUCGACUUGAGAAAACACAGUGGACCAACACCAGCAGAUGACCUGGCAACCCAAAUCAUCACUGACUGUGGAAACUUCACACUGGACUUCAAGCAGCUUGGAUUCUGUUCCUCUCCACUCUUCCUCCAGACUCUGGGACCUUGAUUUCCAAAUGAAAUUCAACAUUUACUUUCAUCUUCCCCGUGACUGUGGUUGUGUACUGAACCAGCCUGACAGAUUAAAGGCUCAAGAAACUUUCGCAGGUGUUUUGAGUUAAUCAGCUGAUUAGAGUCUUCGGUCAACAUUUCUCUAAUAUAAAUCCUUUAUUCUAAUAUUUUGAGAUACUGGAUUUUUGAUUUCCAUGAGCCGUAAGCCGUAAUCAUCGAGAUUAAAACAAAACAAGGCUUGAAAUAUUUCACUUUGUGUGUCUACAAUAUAUGAAAGUUCCAGUUUUUGAAUUAAAUUAUGGGGAAAAAAUUAACUUAAUUACUGCUUACUGUAUAUUCUCUGUGCUCGCUCGCUCGCACUCUCUCUCGCGCUCUUCUUUGUCUCUCCGUCUCGUCUAAAUGGGCCUCAUUUAUCAAACGUUCACUCCUGAGUGUGUGUAAAUUUACCCAUAAGAAGACUAACUAAGGUAAACCUCGAUCGACUUCAAGUACAUAUCAUUUGCAUGGGUUACUGCACUUUUAUCAAUCUGUCGAGUUUACAUUGCUUAUUUUUAUUACAUAUACAGCGUUUAGCAGGUGCCCGUGUCCCGAGUGACUUAUACAAGUGUUUUGGCGUCUAUAAAAACGCGCGCGCACGCUCACGCUCGUUCACUAGGUCAGAGGUCAAGAGCACCAUUGAGAACAUUCUGUGAUAAACAGUCAUUUUAUUGUAUUGGUAUUUAUUAGUGAAUGUGAAAAAUAAAGAACAUGGAGCCAACACAAACCCAUACAUUAAGACAAAUCAAACUAAUCCUUCAGUUAGAGCAACACCACAACGAACAAAAACACACCGUAGUAUAAACGGAGGACGGGCCGUUCUGCGAACCGUAAACGCAUGCGUCAGCUGACGGAAGAUUACGGUCACGCUUAUACGUUAGAGCGCAUUUAAAGACCGGGAGGAUUGAUUUGAUUUAUUUUUGUAGGAUGAACGCUGGCUCAUAAAUCAGUUCUGUUUGCCAAAGCAUCUCCUUUUAACACUGUCUGUCACUUCCGGCUUGUCGGCCGAGACACCUAGAGCAAUUUUUAAGUGGCGGUGUCCCUGCGUGGCACACUCGCCUCACUUAAGUCACGCCUCGUUCAUCUUUUCUGGAAUCUGUCUCUAGGUUUUGAGCUUUUCAGUGCUGUUACACUGAUGAAUAUUUUUUACUUUGCGUAGAAUAACUUCCACUUCUUCUGUCGUUCCUCCUCGUCUUUCGCUGUUUAGCAGUCAUUUCCUGUUCACAGCCCUCUGUGCUCUUGACCUUUUACGGGGUUUUGUGGGUGUCACUACAUGCAAAUGAGCUGCAAGUGAGCAGGAACGUGCACUUUAAGGGGCGAUCAGCAUUACGCGCACACGCACGAAGAAAAUCAGCGUUUUAGAAAAGUUUGUAAAUCUGCUAGAAAAUUGUAGUUGAAUUUUGGCUUAAGCAAACAUUUACACAUAACUUUACUGAUGGAUAAAGCCCAUUGUCUUUCUCUCUCUCUCACACACACUCUUGCUCUCUCUCUUUUUCUCUCUCUCACUCUUGCGCUCUCUCUUUUCUCUCUCUCUCUCUCUCUCUCUCUCUCUCUCUCUCCCCUCUCUCCUGUGAGGUUCUGAGUGUGUCCGUGACAUCCCCGCCGUACACACCGCCAUGAUCUGAGCCAACAACACACUCGGUGUGAUGCGCUUUUAAUGUUUCUUUUACACACAUCGACCGUUUUAGAGGUUGUGUUUUCGUGCUAGAGAGGAAAUGUGAUCAGUAUUAAUCUUUUUUUUUUUUUCUUUUUUAAAAUUUUUCAUUUACUUUACUUUUCAGUAUGGAUUAAAGAGCCAAGACUCUGCUCCUGUUUAACAUGGAGGUGUUUUAGAAAAGUCUUUUUACGUACGUACGUGUGUGUGUGGAGGUGAACAUGGGGACACGUUACACAGCCCCUGAUGAGAAAGCAAUACCCACUGUAAAUCUCUCAUUUAGCUCCAGGAGCCCAUGCCUGUUUUCUGAUUUAUAUUCAUUGUGCUUGAAAAGAUUAUUUAUGCAGAUUUUCAGACAGAUCUGAUGCCAUGGACGUGUAAAGAUGCGCACACAUGCACUCGCGCGCAUACACACACACACAAACAAACUCCCCGUCCCUCAAAAAAAAACACCACGAGUGAAGAGAACAUGAAGACACAUGGACUUUGCGUUCUCGCUCUUGCAAUAGUCUGCAUGUUUUGUCUGGAAAGUGUGCAAACUUGGACCGAUCAUCACGGCGCUCGCUGUCCCUCCCAUAGGACUGAAUGAUGUGGAGACACGGCUGCCUGGACUGUUAUUUCCAGACACUUCCGGGACUUUCUCCAAGCCUGCUGCUGCUGAUGUCGUCGACUCGGAGCAACACGCGGACCGAAGCGUGUUUUUGUUGGGGGGUUUUUUUUUUGUGCAGGAGGACAAAAAAAAAUGUGAAUUCUGUUUUUCUGGCAAUACAAAUCAUCGGCCCAAACUCCGUUUGUUACUCCUUUUGAUUUAGUUUUUUUCUUUUUAUUAUUUAUGAAUGAACUUGUAUGUAUGAAUUUCUCACUACAGGAUUAGGAUAUCAGGAUAUGAAUGUAAAGUUCAUAUAUGAUCCAAUCUUCAUUGUUCGAUUUGUACGGAACGCUAUAAAAUGUCUCUCUGGUUUUCCUCA